AUGGGGAUCCUCGAUGGACGAGCUAUCGUCGGAACCAAGUUGUCUGGUCCAGAGACGUGGACGCAUUUCGCGAAACAGGUGUGGCGGAAUCGCUGGUUAGGCUGGUUCUGGCUGCACCUAUGCAUUCAGUUUGUGUCGAUUGCGCGGGAGAGUAGGUACUGGGGAGACUGGCGGCAGAUAUUCAGCCACGCAGCGGAUGAAGCUGCGGCGGCCGUCAAUCCACACGAGGAUGAGGUUACCAAAUUUGCAGCCAAGUACGGCCUUUCUUCCAGACCCCAGGCGACCGUACAUCUUCAGUCCACCGUCACCGAUAUCAACGUUCUCGACGAGCAGGAUUUCGAUAUCUCUUGGACAAAGGCCACCAAUAAGGGCACCGAAGAGAGGCAUACCGCGCACUUCGAUGCGGUGAUCAUCGCUGCCCCCUUCUCCCAGACCGGAAUCGCCAUCAGCCCACCGCACCUCCAACCAGCGGAGUCCGCCUCUGUCGAGUACACCUCGCUCCACGUCACGCACUUCAUCUCUCGCUACCAUAUCGACCCCGCCGUCUUCAAUCUCAGCGCAACAGACCCCAUCCCCGACGAAAUCUGGAACCUCAACCCCGAUUUCAACGCACAGCCCGCCCAAGCCGAAGACCAACAGCCCCUGGCAGGACCGCCCCCCUUCCUCACCCUCACCCGUGCCCCCUCCUUUUGGAUAGCCGGCUGCCGCGGCGACACCGAGAACCUCUAUCGCAUCACCUCCACCCAGCCCUUCACCGACGCCGACAUCGCCAGACUCUGCCUCCCUGCCUUCCCGGAAAAGGUCACCUUUCCGCAUCAGAGCCGCUACAUCCCGUCGUUUGACGCCCACGCGGAGCUGAAUCAACCGAAUCCGCACUUCCGGGGCGUCCGCGUCUUCGAUGGCGGCCGCGUGCACGACGAGGGGUGGUAUCUUCGGCAUCGGGGGUGCACGCCGGCGCCACGGGUCAGGUGGGUGCAUCGGCAGGUGUGGGAGAAUGGGGUGCCCGUGGUGCGGAGGGGGCAGAAGGUGGGUAGUGGCGACUGGGUGGAGGUGAGGGCUCGCGAGAGGGGGGCGAUGCGGUUGAUUGCGGGGCUGUUUAAUGUGUCCGAGUUCGAGGCGAGCAAGGGGGCGAGUUUGGCGGGGAGUGUGAGGGCAGGGAAGGAGGUGGUGGAUUUGCUGUGUUGUCGGUGUGGUCGUUGUUGA